CUUUUAAGAAUUACUAAUGAUGAAACCCCGAUGCCAAGAUCUUCCAAGGCUGAUGUUUACGGCGAUUGCGGCAGAGUUAAUCGGUCUUUAUCUUUGCAAAAAACAGAGUCCUUUUUUUUUCUCACGGACUGACGUCGUUGGGCAAAAAAUUGCGGGCAAACGAUCAGCCCGUGACCUCUUUUCUCUUCGUAAUUACUCGCUGCACCUGGUUCUGUGGGGUUAGCCUUUCUUCUGCCGUGAAGAAAUAGAUCACCAGCAGCACGAAAUACUAAUCUCUUCGACCCAUUAUUGGGCAUUUGCUAAAGUGCAGGUAGUCCCAAUGGGACCUGGGGGACCGCCCAACGGUCGGUGUCUCGCUUCCACAAACUGCCAAGACCAAUGAGGAAGAAUGGAAAGGCCCAGAAGAAGGGAGAUACUGGAUUUCCGAUAAUCAUUAGACCAAGCAAUCCAGAUGAGGGGUGAUGCAUCAUAUACAGUGGAUGAUGCACUUGUGUCCUUGGGCUUUGGAAAGUUCCAGAUGCUUCUGCUUGCUUACGCUGGGAUGGGCUGGGCAGCAGAGGCUAUGGAAAUGAUGCUUCUUUCUUUUGUAGGUCCAGCUGUUCAAUCAGAGUGGGGCUUGACAUCUAGCCAGGAGAGCAUGAUCUCCACUGCUGUUUUUGCUGGAACGCUUGUUGGGGCUUAUUCUUGGGGGAUCAUUUCUGACAACUAUGGGAGAAAGAAUGGAUUUCUGGCCACGGCUAUGAUCACUGGUGUAGCUGGUUGUCUCUGUGCUCUCUCUCCAAAUUAUGCAUCACUGGUUAGCUUCCGUUGUUUGGUUGGGGUAGGUUUGGGAGGAGGUCCUACACUCAGUUCUUGGUUCUUGGAAUUUGUGCCUGCUCCGAAUAGGGGCACUUGGAUGAUGGUUUUUUCCUGUUUCUGGACAUUUGGGACAGUCCUGGAGGCUUCUUUAGCAUGGAUUGUCAUGCCAGCAUUUGGGUGGAGGUGGCUGCUUGCACUAUCUUCUUUGCCCUCAUUGGUUCUGCUUUUAUUCUAUGUUGUGGUUCCAGAAUCACCAAGGUAUCUCUGUAUGAGAGGCCAAACAAAUGAUUCACUACGAAUCUUAGAGAAAAUUGCAGCUAUAAACAAGAGGAAACUUCCAUCUGGUACUCUCGUGUCCAGCCAUGCUAGUGAGAAUGAUUUAGAAGAUUGCCCAUCCAAAAGCUUGCCUUUGCUGCCAGAAAGAAAGCUAGAUGAUGAAGCUAUUGAGAAAAUAGAAAGGAAACCAGAUGUUUUAACAUCAAUAUAUCUGCUUUUCUCACGAAGCUUGAUCAAGACAACUCUUCUGCUAUGGGUUGUCUUCUUCGGAAACUCAUUUUCAUAUUAUGGUCUUGUCCUACUUACAUCUGAGUUGAGCAACACCAAAAACAUUUGCAUAACACAAAGAUUCUAUUUAAUUGGUUCAAAACAUGACAGUCUUUAUCGAGAUGUUUUCAUCACAAGCUUGUCAGAGUUUCCUGGCCUUCUAUUAGCAGCCGUGAUGGUGGACAGGGUUGGCCGCAGGAUUUCGAUGUCAGCUUUGCUUUUCAUGGGUUGUUUUUUACUCAUCCCAUUGCUAUAUCAUCAGUCUGAGGCUUUGACAACAAUUUUAUUAUUCGGAGCUCGCAUGUUUAUCGAGGGGAGCUUCACUAUUAUUUAUUUUUAUGCUCCAGAGGUAUACCCAACUAUAGUUAGAACAACUGGCCUAGGAGCUGCUAGCUCAAUCGGGAGAAUUGGCGGGAUGUUAUGCCCCCUUGUGGCAGUUGCACUCCUACAAUCUUGCCACCAAUUUUUAUCAGUUAUUUUUUUUGAGAUUGCAAUAGCUUUUUCAGGUCUCGCCGUGUUAUAUUUACCAAAGGAAACCAAGGGACGUCCAUUGAAUGACACUCUGUAGCUUCAUGGCUAGUCCUCAGAUAUGACUUCUGACCACUCGCAGAGUGGAGCAUUCUCGUGCUUGCCUGACACCUCAAAAUUUACAGUCAAGGUGGCAACCAUAAGUAUGAUGGGUUAAUCCAGCAGUGCCAGAUAUGCGUGAUACACAGCAGUUAUUUAGAUAGAUCAUCUCUGUUAUUUAGAUACAUAUUUCUUUACUUCAAAUUUUUUCUUUAAUGGAGUAUCAGAAGAACAAAAUUAUGAAAAUGAUUUGAGAAAGAUCUCAUAUUAUGAUGUUGAGAGUAUA